CCAAACCCCAGAGUUUCUGUUCGGAUUUUGCACGGCUUGGUGUCCAUUUCUGCAGCCAUGGACGCUGUGCUGCAUUUGGCUGCUCCAGUGCCCCACAUUACCGUUGCAACGCAUCGACAUGGGUUCGCAAAGAGAUUAGUGCCAUCAACAUCAACAGCUUGUGUGGUAGGCAGAAGGGGUUUAACAGGGGGCUCUUCUCACUCUCAGAACGAGUCCUUUUCGGCAUUGACCUCUCAGCAGGUCGGAAGAACCUCUCGCAGCCGCCACACCACAGUUUCUGCUAUAGCAGGCACUGCGUCUGAAUCUUCAUCUGAAGAUUCUCAAGUAAAUAUUAGGGAAGGUGGUGAAUCUUUGGAUUGGAAACAAGCUGCCUUGGUGGCAACUGGUGUAGUAGCAGGUCUUAGUACUGCGACUAUCCUGGCACUCUCUGGUGGGGAUGGAGGGGGUUUCGGUGGUUUCAUUUCUGGGGGAGGUGGUGGAGGUGGCGGAGGCUGGCGCUUCUGGCUGGAGAAUAUUGCGUGGGCAGAUGCAAGAAAGGAUGAAGAAGGUGCUGAUGGUUUUGAUCCUCACGGGCUACAGGUUGGACGUACUGUCCCUGUUAGCAAGCUCAACCCCGCCAAGAGGUACAAGGUUUCAGAAGUGGAGCUUAUUGACAAGCGCACAAAUCAGCCUGUUAACUCCAAGGAUGCGUUUUAUGAGCUUGUUACCUUACGAGCCGGUGGAGUUGCGACGAAAGCUCAGUUGGAGGCGGAGGUGGAGAACUUAAUGAAUUGUGGGAUGUUUCAAAGUGUAGAGAUGGAUGGGGUGACCAACCUUGAUGGAAGCCUGAAAAUGCAAGUUUCAUUCAUCGAGAGCCAAUGGCAACCUGCAGAUUCGUUCAGGUGUGUGAAUGUAGGGUUGUUGGCCCAAAGCAGGGGUCCCGAGGGUGACGAGAAAAUGACAGAUCAACAGCGAGAAGAACUGGCAAAGUCACAAGAAGAAGAGUACAAGAACAGACUUAGGAAAGCGCGCCCUUGUAUGCUUCCCAAAAAUGUGGAGCGUGAGAUUUCGGGAUGGUUACGCGGAGAGACUCGCGUGACCGCUCGCAUGUUGCAGCGCAUUCGAGACCGUGUACAGAAGUGGUAUCAUGAUGAAGGAUAUGCUUGUGCCCAGGUGGUCAAUUUCGGAAACUUGAAUACGAAUGAGGUCGUUUGUGAAGUAGUGGAAGGUGACAUCACCAAAGUGCAAAUACAAUUCCAGGACAAAAUGGGAUUUCCAUCUGUAGGUCACACGCAAGAAGUGAUUAUCCAGCGGGAGCUGCCUGAUCAAUUGAGAUCAGGUCAAAUUUUCAAUAUUGAAGCUGGUAAGAAGGCAUUGAGAAAUGUCAAUGCUCUUGCUUUGUUUUCAAACAUUGAAGUCAAUCCUCGUCCAGAUGAAGAAAACGAUGGCGGUAUCGUGGUUGAGGUAAAGUUGAAGGAGUUGGAGCAGAAGACAGCUGAAGUUAGCACCGAGUGGAGUAUUAUGCCUGGCAAUAAUGGACGGCCUACACUGUCCACUAUUCAGCCUGCUGGAAGUGUGACGUUUGAGCAUCGUAAUCUGCAAGGGUUAAACCGCUCCAUUCUGGGUGUUGUGACUUCCAACAACCUUUUCAACCCUCAGGACGACCUAGGCUUUAAGGCAGAGUAUGUCCACCCGCAUGUCGAUGGGGUUGAUGAUCCUCGUAACCGCACAUUUCGUGCCAGUUGCUUUAAUAGUCGAAAAUUAAGUGCUGUUUUCACGGGAGGCCCUGGCGUAGAGGAUGUCCCAUCUGUGUGGGUAGAUCGUGCUGGUUUCAAAGCUAAUCUGACUGAGUGUUUCACGCGACAGAGUAAAUUCACUUACGGCCUGGUGUUGGAAGAAGUAACAACAAGAGAUGAGACUAGUGCUAUCUGUGUUCAUGGCGCUCGUACUUUACCGAGUGGAGCCCUCACUAGUGAUGGUCCCCCAACCACACAUAGUGACACUGGAAUUGACAGGAUAGCAUUUGUGCAAGCUAAUUUAACUCGUGAUAAUACCCAAUUCGUCAACGGGACUCCUGUUGGUGAUCGGCAUAUUUUUCAGGUGGAUCAAGGCCUUGGCAUUGGCAGCAAGUACCCUUUCUUUAACCGGCAUCAAUUGACAGUAACCAAGUUCAUUCAAUUGCGACCAGAAGAUAAGCUAGACACUGAGAAACCCCCUCCAGUUGCAGUUGUUCAUGGCAGGUACGGUGGCUGUGUAGGGGACUUGGCAAGUUACGAUGCUUUUACUCUGGGUGGACCUUACUCUGUGCGUGGAUACAACAUGGGUGAACUUGGUGCUGCCCGAAACUUCCUGGAGAUGGGUCUUGAACUGCGGGUACCUCUGAAGAAAACUCAUACCUACGGUUUUGUUGAGUAUGGAACUGAUCUUGGAAGCUCCAAGGAUGUGCGAGGCAACCCAACAGAAUUUUUCAAACGUGCAGGAAAGGGAGCUGCUUAUGGUGUGGGUGUGAAAUUGGGGUCCAUCCGGGCAGAGUAUGCCAGGGAUUGUAAUGCGGGCUCAGGUGCACUUUUCGUUCGAUUUGGAGAGCGAUUUUGAGUUUGGUAUCUGACAUGUAUUUUAUUACAUGUUCACGAUUUUAUUACCAUAUAAGACGUGAAGUACUCCGGGAAGAGUCAGUCCAGAUUGUGAUUAAGAUUCAGCCAUGUGGCGAUCUGUACCUUUCUCAUAGUUUAGAGCUGUUGGACAUGACGGAGGUUUAGGCUCGUGUAGCCCAGAGUUUUUAGGCCUCAACUUGCGGAGGCACCUAAUUUUUCCCGUCAUUGUGCAUUGUCUGCUGGAUCUGACCUCUUACUUGAUACCUGUGGAUCGGUUUCAGACUCAAGGAUAUAAUGCGUUUUCUUUCUUUGUC